AUGGCUAAACAAUUAGUUAUUGUGAUCGCAGGAGUCACAUGUGGGGGCAAAACUACUAUUGCCAACCGUCUUACAAACACAUUUAAUGAUAUUUCAAUAUUACAUCAAGAUGAUUUUUACUAUACUAAAUAUGAAGAUCAUUUGGAAAGUAUUCCAGAACUUAAUUACCAUGCAUGGGAUAAAAUAAGUGCCUAUGAUAUGAAUAAAAUGAUGACUGCAAUUGAUUCUCAAACUUCUAAAAUUUUAGUGCUUGAAGGAAUUCUUUUACUUGAUGAUAUUAGAAUUUUAAAUUUAGCAGAUUUAACAUUUUUUACUAUUUUGGAUAAAGAAAUUUGUUGGGAUAGACGUGUAGCUAGAACAUAUUUGCCUCCUGAACCACCCGGAUAUUUUGAGAAGUAUGCAUGGCCUGAGUAUGAAAGACAUUUAGAAAUGAUAAAAAAAAAAAAAACUGAUGUUAUAUUUUUAAAUGGUUCUGACAGCAUUGAUUUUAAUACGUCUGUUGUUGUUAAUCACAUCAAUCAACUAGUAUUAAAUUUAAAAUAA